AUCAAACCAUUUUGGCCGUGUAAUGAAUUCUCUUGAGCAUCUCGACCUCUCAGAUAAUAUAUUCAAGGGUGAGGAUUUGAAAUCCUUGGCGAAUAUAUGCACCUUACAUUCUUUAUACAUACUAGAAAACCAUUUGAGUGAAGACCUUCCAUCAAUCCUUCAUAAUUUGUCUAGUGGUUGUGUUAAACACUCAUUACAAGAAUUGGAUUUUACAUAUAAUCAAAUCACUGGCUCUUUACUCGACCUUUCAGUAUUCUCAUCUCUAAGAUCAUUGUUUCUUGAUGGAAAUAAAUUAAGUGGAAAGAUACCUGAAGGCAUCCGCUUACCAUUUCAUUUGAAAUCUCUGUCAAUCCAAUCAAACUCUUUAGAAGGUGGAAUUCCCAAAUCAUUUGGGAACUCAUGUGCUUUGAGCUCACUGGAUAUGUCUGAUAACAAUUUGAAUAAAGAGCUUGCGGUGAUAAUUCAUCAAUUGUCUGGGUGUGCCAGAUUCUCGCUGCAAGAAUUGAACAUAAGAGGAAAUCAAAUCAAUGGUACGCUUUCUGACCUUUCAGUAUUCUCUGCCUUGAAAACAUUGAUUCUUUCACGAAAUCAAUUACAUGGAAAAAUUCCAGAAAGUAACAAAUUGCCAUCUCUGUUGGAGUCUUUGUCAAUCCGAUCAAACAUUUUAGAAGGUGGAAUUCCAAAAUCAUUUGGGAAUGCAUGUGCUUUGCGCUCAUUGGGCAUGUCUAAUAAUAGCUUGAGUGAAGAGUUUCCAAUGAUAAUCCAUCACUUGUCUGGAUGUGCUAGAUAUUCAUUGGAACUAUUAGAUCUAAGCAUGAAUCAAAUCAAUGGCACACUACCCGACCUCUCAAUAUUCUCAUCUUUAAGAGUAUUAUAUCUUGAUGGAAACAAGCUAAAUGGAGAGAUUCCUAAAGAUAUUAAAUUUCCACCUCAACUUGUGAAAUUAGAUAUGCAAUCAAAUUCCUUAAAGGGUGUGCUCACUGACUAUCAUUUCGCUAGUCCAAAUUGGCAUUGGCAUUGGCAACUCUUUAUUGGCAUUGGCAUUUAGUCCAAAUUGGAUUCCACCUUUUCAGUUGAACCACAUAGGAUUGCGAUCUUGCAAGCUAGGUCCAGUAUUUCCCAAAUGGUUGGAGACACAAAAUCAAUUUGGGGAUAUUGACAUUUCAAAUGCUGGAAUAGCAGAUAUGGUUCCAAAGUGGUUUUGGGCUAAUUUAGCAUUCCGAGAAUUGAUUUCAAUGAAUAUUUCAUACAAUAAUCUCCAUGGUAUAAUUCCAAAUUUUCCACUAAAGAAUCUUUACAAUUCCCUAAUUCUUGGAUCAAAUCAAUUUGAUGGCCCUAUUCCACCAUUUCUGCGAGGUUUCCUGUUUCUUGAUUUAUCCAAAAAUAAAUUCUCAGAUUCUCAUUCAUUUUUAUGUCCGAAUGGUACAGUUGAAACUUUGUACCAAUUAGACCUUUCAAAUAAUCGUUUCUCUGGAAAAAUUCCGGACUGUUGGAGCCAUUUCAAGUCAUUAACUUAUUUGGACUUAAGUCACAAUAAUUUUUCAGGAAGGAUACCCACAUCCAUGGGAUCUCUUCUUCAUCUUCAAGCAUUGCUAUUGAGAAACAACAACUUAACAGAUGAGAUACCUUUCUCCUUGAGGAGUUGCACAAAUCUAGUAAUGCUAGAUAUUUCAGAAAACAGAUUAUCAGGGCUUAUCCCUGCUUGGAUUGGGAGCGAAUUACAAGAGUUGCAAUUUUUAAGUUUGGGAAGAAAUAAUUUCCAUGGAAGUUUACCAUUGCAAAUUUGCUACCUAAGUGACAUUCAACUCUUGGAUGUCUCACUAAACAGCAUGUCUGGGCAGAUUCCUAAAUGCAUAAAAAUUUUUACUUCAAUGACUCAAAAGACAUCUUCAAGAGAUUAUCAAGGUCAUUCAUAUCUUGUCAAUAUCAUUGGCAUGUCUGGUAGUCAUACAUAUGAUUUGAAUGCACUCUUGAUGUGGAAAGGUUCAGAACAAAUGUUCAAAAAUAAUGUGUUACUACUUUUAAAAAGCAUUGAUCUCUCAAGCAAUCACUUUUCUGGAGAAAUUCCACUGGAAAUAGAGAAUUUAUUUGGAUUGGUUUCAUUGAAUUUAUCAAGAAACCAUUUGACCGGAAAGAUUCCUUCAAAUAUUGGAAAGUUAACAUCACUUGACUUUCUUGAUUUGUCAAGAAACCAUCUAGCUGGUUCAAUUCCUUUGAGUCUUACUCAAAUUGAUCGACUGGGCAUGUUAGAUUUGUCACAUAACAACCUAUCUGGAGAAAUUCCAACUGGUACACAAUUACAGAGUUUCAAUGCCUCAUGUUAUGAAGAUAAUCUUGAUCUUUGUGGACCGCCACUAGAGAAAUUGUGUAUUGAUGGGAAGCCUGCACAGGAACCAAUUGUUAAACUUCCUGAAGAUGAAAAUUUGCUUUUCACCCGUGAAUUUUACAUGAGUAUGGCAAUUGGAUUUGUAAUAAGCUUUUGGGGCGUUUUUGGCUCAAUCUUAAUAAAUCGUUCUUGGAGACAUGCUUAUUUCAAGUUCAUAAGCAAUUUCUCAGAUGCUAUUUAUGUCAUGGCAGCCGUGAAAGUUUUCAAGUGGCAUCACAGUGGAUAGCUGAAAAAUUCUGAAUUGUAGGUGCCAGCUUGUUGAGGUGGAAAAUGCAAAGAGACACUUUUAAUUUGGAGGUGAGAAGGCAUCUCUCACAGUUGGAUUUGGAGACCGAGAGAGAAUUAAGGAAGGCUUCUAUAGCUUGAGGGAGCCAAUUGUGAUUGUGAUCCAUCUAGUUUAUUUUCCUUUUUAAUUUCUAAGCAUUUUGUUUGUAAUUUGGCCUUUAAAUCUGAACUGGUUGUUUUGUAUGAAGUUGAUGAAUCUUCAUAAUAAUGGGAACUGAGAGGUUUGGUUAUUGCUUCUUCAUUUUUGGAUCAUGCUCUUUGAUUAUGUAGAAAUAGAAAACCGUGUUUGAUCUAGGGAUUUUGUUGUGCUUUUGUACAUUAGUCUCAUGAUUUCAUUUAAGGAAUUAAGUUAUAUGAGAUUAAAAGGAUUCAUUGCCAAGGAAUUGAAUGUCAAUUACCGCAGCAAAAACUGAUCUUAAACUUGGGCAAAGUUGUUUGGACUAGGUGGAAAUUGGGUUGUUACUUCAACAAUCCGUAAAAUCAAAACUUAACUGUGACAGGUGUGAGCACUAUGUCCCUUCUUUGAGCAGAGUUGGCAAAUAGUGUUGGAGUAGGAAGAGAUAAGAUGCUUGCCAAAUAGUGCAUGACGAUCCACACGUCCUUUAGAGAAGAUGUGUGUGGUAGAACUUGUGCUUUUCUGGGAAUCAUGAUAUCCCUGUGACAUUUGGGAUAUAGUGAGACAUUGGGCAUGCUUUGAGUUCAACAUCUCUGAUGAAGGACUUCUUUCUUUGUUAAAGGUAUCAUUGAGGAUGAAUGGUCACAAAUCCAAAAAUAAAUGUCGCAUUCCACAAUCUAAAGGAAGUAAGUGAGCUGUUGUUUCUUCCUCGAACCUCCUUCACCAUACAAAUCAUUCCAGUGCCUCAACUCAUUCAUUACAGAUCCUUCUGAUGCAAAACUUGCAGCCUCUUGCAUUUAAUCAGAUAUCCGUAGUGCGAUGACUGGAGUAUUUUCUACGUCUUUCUUUGUUUUGUUCCAAUGGAGUCGUGUAAGGACCAUAUUACUUAUAAAAAAAUUUCAUACUUAAUUGUUUUUUA